AAAUAGAAUUAUGUUUUCGGCUAUAAAAAAUCGACCGAGAACAUAGUCCAAAGGGAAGGAGUUGAUACAAACUUGCACACAAAAAUAUUAACCCGCCACUUCCAAAUUAGCCUAAACUGAAAUGGAUCGAAUCGACGUCGCCAACGAGCUUCCGUUUCGGGUCGGGUUCACCGGGCACAGCGGUCAUCUCAGAAUCGAGCCUCUUCCUCCCGUUCAAAGCUCCGACCCGCUCCAUUCGCUCCCCGACUUUAUACUCCCUCCCGCGUUUCCCACAGAGACGCCAGAAUCAAUAAAAGAAUAUAUUGAAGAGAAAUAUCUCCUGCCAAGAUUAGACGCAGAUGACUUUUCUCCUGACAAAGAUGGAAGGCAAUGGGAGUUUGACUGGUUUGAUAAAGCACAAGUUAACUUAGAGCCAUCGGUACCUCGAUCAGUCGUGGUCCCGAAGUGGGAAUUACCUUUUAGACGUUCAACUACGAGAACUAUGUCAAAAAUGUGGGAUCCUAGCUCAAUGCAGGUGGAUGUAGCAGAACUUAUGGAAGGAUCCGAGGAUUCUGGUGUUUUGCCACGCAUUUCUGGACCUGCAAAGGAUUUUGUUAGGGGAAGCAUUAAUAGCCGUCCUUUUCGGCCUGGUGGCUUAGAUAAUUCUCAGACGAUUGGAAGGAUUCUUCCUGAAGGGGCAACUAGUGGGGAUUGGGUGCGGGAGGUGCUUACUGGUGGUGCGUCUCAGUCCCUUCCACCAAGUUUUAGACAAGGAAUGGAUUUUGGGAACCUCAAGGCACAUUCACACUCAUGGAACGUUCAUGGAGAUCAAGGAGAAGCGAAAAGUACAUCUGAUGCUAAGACUCAGUUAUCUGUGCAAUUUGAUGAUUUAUUCAAGAGAGCUUGGGAAGAUGAUUUCGACGAAUCUGCUAAAAGUGGUGUAGUGGUGCCAGGAGAUGAACCUGCUGUAGAGGAUUUUAAUAAGACGGAUUCGUUCCCACCAGAAAUUGAAAGGAUUUCGCCAAAUGAAAGUGAGAGUUGUCUUGUGGUGGAGACAUCAGUUUUGGAUGAGAUUUUGUCAGUUGGGUCGGGAAAUUUAGCUUCAGGAUUGAUUGAAGGUAGUAGCACCAGUGGACAGCAACAAAAAGAGGCCUGGGCAGUUAGUGGAGGAAGUGAAAGUAUUGCAGAGCGCUUCCAUGAUCUCAUUCCUGACAAGGCACUAGAUUUUCCUUUCGAGCUGGAUGCUUUUCAGAAAGAGGCCAUCUAUUAUCUUGAAAAGGGGGACUCUGUUUUUGUGGCUGCUCAUACAUCAGCUGGGAAGACAGCUGUUGCCGAAUAUGCAUUUGCCCUAGCUUCAAAACACUGUACCAGAGCAGUAUAUACUGCUCCUAUAAAAACAAUCAGCAAUCAGAAGUACAGGGAUUUUUGUGGAAAGUUUGAUGUUGGCCUUUUAACUGGGGACGUUAGCUUGAGGCCUGAGGCUUCUUGUCUCAUUAUGACGACUGAAAUUUUAAGAUCAAUGCUUUACAAGGGUGCUGAUAUCAUACGUGACAUUGAAUGGGUUAUCUUUGAUGAAGUGCAUUACGUCAAUGAUGUUGAAAGAGGUGUGGUUUGGGAAGAAGUUAUUAUUAUGCUUCCAAGGCAUAUCAACAUCGUUCUCCUUUCAGCCACGGUACCUAAUACUAUAGAAUUUGCUGAUUGGAUUGGUCGCACUAAGCAGAAACAAAUACGUGUGACCGGGACAACCAGAAGACCAGUUCCAUUAGAACACUGUAUAUUUUACUCUGGGGAAUUUUAUAAAGUAUGUGAGAACGAAAAGUUUCUUUCACUGGGAUUUAAAGCUGCCAAAGAUGCAUACAAGAAGAAAAGCAUGAGUACUGGUGGUGGUUCUGGAAAAUCUUAUUCUGGAUCUUCAGUAUCCCAUGAUGUUGCUCGAACUCAAAAACGGGAAAGUACUUUCAGAAGCAAACAGAACAAGCAAUCUGGACCCCAAAAUCUAGGGUCAUCUUCUGGAUCUGGAUGGGGGCACCAAAACAGCGGAGGUAGCCAGAACAAUUGGGGAUCAAGGAGAUCAGAAGCUUCUUUGUGGUUGUUGCUUAUAAAUAAGCUCACAAAGUUGGCACUAUUACCUGUGGUUAUAUUCUGUUUUUCAAAAAAUCGUUGUGAUAAAUCAGCCGAUCAUAUGAAUGGGGUUGACCUUACAAGUAGCUCGGAAAAAAGUGACAUUCGUGUUUUUUGUGACAAAGCAUUUUCACGGCUGAAAGGAUCUGACAGGAACUUACCUCAGGUUGUCAGACUCCAAAACCUGCUACGUCGAGGCAUUGGUGUGCAUCAUGCAGGACUACUUCCAAUUGUUAAGGAGGUGGUCGAGAUGCUUUUCUGCCGUGGCGUCAUCAAGGUUUUGUUUUCAACAGAGACAUUUGCAAUGGGUGUUAAUGCGCCGGCUAGGACGGUUGUGUUUGAUACAUUAAGGAAGUUUGAUGGAAAGGAAUUUAGACAGUUACUCCCAGGAGAAUAUACUCAGAUGGCUGGCCGUGCUGGAAGGAGGGGUCUGGAUAAGAUUGGUACUGUGGUUGUGAUGUGUCGUGAUGAAAUUCCCGAGGAGAAUGAUAUGAAAAAUGUCAUGAUUGGUAGUGCAACGAGGCUUGAAUCUCAAUUUCGACUGACUUACAUCAUGAUUAUGCAUCUCCUUCGUGUUGAAGAGUUAAAGGUCGAGGACAUGCUAAAAAGAAGUUUUGCUGAGUUUCAUGCUCAGAAAAAGCUUCCAGAGCAGCAACAACUUUUAAUGCGAAAACUUGCUCAGCCAACAAAAGCCAUCGACUGUAUAAAAGGUGAACCGGCAAUUGAGGAAUACUAUGAAUUGUACUCUGAGGCUGAAAAAUAUAAUGCUGAGAUAUCAGAGGCAGUAAUGAGGUCCCCAGCUUCUCAACAAUAUCUUGUUACUGGAAGAGUUGUGGUGGUGAAGUCACAAUCUGUACAAGAUCACUUACUUGGAGUGAUAGUAAAAGCACCUUCUUCAAACAGCAAACAGUACAUAGUUCUAGUUAUCACACCUGAUCUACCCCAGACACUUCAAGCUCCCAUCAAUGGCGGUGAUCAACAUAAGAGCAGUGGUGAUUUUCAGAUAUUGGUACCCAAGGCAAAGCGUGGAUUUGAAGAUGACUACUUUUCGUCUGUCUCUUCGCGGAGAGGAUCAGGUGCGAUUAACAUAAAAUUACCACACCGUGGCAACACUGCUGGGGUUAAUUAUGAGGUUCGAGGAAUUGAGGGUACAGAAUUUUUAUGUAUAUGCAAUUGCAAAUUAAAGAUUGAUCAAGUUCGGCUUCUGGAAGAUGUAAGUAGUGUUGCUUACUCCAAGACCGUACAACUUCUCUUGGAGAAGAAAUCUGACGGAAGAUAUCCUCCUGCACUAGAUCCAGUGAAAGAUUUAAAGCUAAAUGACCUGAAUGUUGUGGAAACGUAUUACAAGUGGUGCAGCCUAUUGCAAAAGAUGACACAAAAUAAGUGUCACGGGUGUGUUAAGUUGGAGGAGCACAUUAAGUUGGCAAAAGAAGUAAAGAAGCAUAAAGAAGAAGUUAAAGCUCUAAAGUUUGAAAUGUCAGAUGAAGCACUUCAGCAGAUGCCAGAUUUUCAAGGCCGGAUUGAUGUUCUGAAGGAAAUUGGAUGUAUAGAUUCUUUUCUCGUUGUUCAGAUAAAAGGCCGUGUUGCUUGUGAGAUGAAUUCUGGGGAGGAGCUGAUAUGCACUGAAUGCUUGUUUGAGAACCAGCUAGAUGAUCUAGAACCAGAAGAAGCAGUGGCAUUAAUGUCAGCCUUUGUGUUUCAGCAGAGGAACGCUUCGGAACCUUCUCUAACUCCUAAGCUCUCAGAGGCCACACAAAGAUUGUACAACACAGCUAUAAGAUUGGGGGAGCUUCAGGCACAGUUUAAGCUGCAGAUAGAUCCCCAGGAGUAUGCUCGAGAAAAUCUCAAGUUUGGCCUUGUUGAAGUAGUGUAUGAAUGGGCAAAGGGAACCCCAUUUGCAGAUAUAUGUGAACUUACGGAUGUUCCCGAAGGUCUGAUAGUGAGGACCAUAGUUAGGUUGGAUGAGACAUGUCGUGAAUUCAAAAAUGCAGCUGCAAUUAUGGGUAAUUCUGCACUUCACAAAAAGAUGGAAAUUGCUUCCAACGCAAUAAAACGUGAUAUUGUUUUCGCUGCUAGCUUGUACAUUACAGGAGUGUAAUAUUUUGAGGUCAUAGGUUUGUUACCAUGUAACUUUUGUUGUGUGUUAAUUAGUCACCAGCUUGAAGUUUGCAAGUUUUGUUUAUUACCGCCCUUGUAUAUAUUAAGGGUUUAUGUAUUUUAGUCUUUGAAUGUGAAUUCUCCCAGCCUAGGCAGUGUAUUGGAUACUACAAUAGGAGAGUUUUAAUAUAAAAAUCUUUUUAGUACCAAA